CAGAAAUCAGAGGACAUGCUGCGGAAGCAUAUGGAGUUCCGGAAGCAACAAGAUCUGGCCAGCAUCCUUGCCUGGCAGCCCCCAGAGGUGGUCAGGCUGUACAACACCAAUGGCAUAUGCGGCCACGACGGUGAGGGCAGCCCUGUCUGGUACCACAUCAUGGGAAGCCUGGACCCCAAGGGCCUCUUGCUCUUGGCCUCCAAACAGGAAUUGCUCAGAGACAGCUUCCGGCGCUGUGAGCUGCUCCUGCGGGAGUGUAAGCUGCAGAGUCAGAAGCUGGGGAAGAAGGUGGAGAAAAUAGCUGUUUUUGAUCUUGAGGGGCUGGGCCUGAGGCAUCUGUGGAAGCCAGGAAUAGAGCUUCUCCAGGAGUUUUUCUCAGCACUUGAGGCAAAUUACCCUGAGAUCUUGAAUUAUUCUGUGCCUGUUUCAGCCCCCAAGCUAUUCGCCGUAACCUUCAACCUGGUCGAGUCUUACAUGAGUGAAGAGACACGCAGGAAGGUGGUGAUUCUGGGAGACAACUGGAAGCAGGAGCUGACAAAAUUCAUCAGCCCCGACCAGCUGCCCGUGGAGUUUGGAAGGACCAUGACUGACCCCGAUGGCAACCCCAAGUGCCUGACCAAGAUCAACUGUGGGGGUGAGGUGCCCAAGAGCUACUACUUGUGCAAUCAGGUGAGGCUGCAGUAUGAGCACACAGUGUCUGUGGGCCGCGGCUCCUCCCUGCAGGUGGAGAACGAGAUCCUGUUCCCAGGCUGUGUGCUCAGGUGGCAGUUCGCAUCGGAUUGCGGGGACAUCGGCUUUGGGGUUUUCCUGAAGACCAAGAUGGGGGAGUGGCAGAAGGCUAGGGGGAUGAUGGAGGUGCUGCCCAGCCAGCACUACAACGCCCACCUGGUGCCCGAGGACGGGAGCAUCACCUGCCUCAAGGCCGGCAGCUAUGUCCUGAGGUUUGACAACACCUACAGCCUGGUUCAUUGUAAACGCAUCAGCUACACCGUGGAGGUACUGCUCCCAGACCAAACCUUCAUGGAGAAGAUGGAGAAAUUCUAG